AUGGUGGGAAUGGACUUGCAAUGGCACAACCAGACGCGAUUACUCCACGCUGACGUGGCAGCCGAUGGCGAGGGGAUAGCUAAGAGCGAGGCGAAGGCGAGGCCGGAUGGGACGGCGGCGGAGAAGGCGGGGAGGAGAAGCGCGUCCCGACGCAGCAGGAAGGGACGCCGCGCUGGCGACGAGCUAUUGGCCGCCGCCCGUAACGCUGAUGACGGCCGUGACGCGUCUGAGGGCGGUGAUGGUGACGAUAAUGGGGAUGAUGGAGCAGCAGCAGGAGCAGUAGCAGCAGUUGAAGCAGCAGCGGCGGCGGCAGCGGCAGGGGAUAGUAACGCGGAAGCAACGGAGAGUGAGAACGAGGCCCGUCGCCCCGUGCCGUCCAUCCGCCCUCCUCGUCGCUCCGCCUCCCGCGCCUCAAGAGCAGGUGGCAGCAGAGCAGGCGGCAGCAGGGCAGGCACGAGGCCGGGUCCGCCUGUGGCGCUGAACGUGCGUGACGACCGCGGGUGGACGAUGCUGCACAUCGCCAGCCACAUGGGCAACGUGCGCAUGGUGCGGCAGCUACUAGAGGAGGGAGACGUGGCAGUGGACGAGCCAUCGCUGGGCCCAAAGUACGCGGGGGCGACGGCGCUGCACCUGGCGGCAGCAGCGGGGCACAUAGCGGUCAUGGACGCGUUGCUGGAGGGUGGAGCGAAUAUUGAGGCGCGCACACGUGGCGCGUUUGGCUGGACCCCCUUGCACCACGCGGCGCGGCACAAUCGGCGGCGAGCCAUCCGAUUCCUCUUGGAAAGCGGAGCAUUCCUGGCGGAGGACAUGCAGGACCCGCGCUUCAACCCGCCGCUGCACUACUGCCGCAGCCUGCAGUAUGCCUACCAGCUGCAGCAGAGCAUGAGUAUGGGGAAUGGCGGUGGGGAGGGGAGUAGCAGUGGGGGAGGUAGCGAGUUGGAGAGUGGGAGCGGUGUGGAGGGAGGGGUGGUGGGGGAAGGUGGGGAGGAGGGAGAGGAGCCGGUGGUGGGAACCUGCAGUAUGCGUACCAGCUGCAGCAGGCAAUGUCUGGGGAAGGUGGUGGGGAGGGGAGUAGCAGUGGGAUGGCAGCGAGGGGGGCAGUGGGAGCGGUGUGGAGGGAGGGGUGGUGGUGGGGAUGGGUGGGGAGGAGAGGGAGGUGGUGGAUCAAGAGCCAGCCGAAGCCUGCCAUGCCAACCAUAG